AUGGGGAUGCCUUCACACGGCGCUUUGGGAUCUCCGCGGCAAAACGCAGAAAAGAUAUCAUUCGGCUUAUUUAUUGCUAAGAAGCCUGGGCUCUUGGAGUCAAUUUAUCAGGAGGCUCCAAAGAGAGGAGAGCGGAGCGAGCGCAGCGCAGCGCUUCUCCAGGGAGACGUCCUCCGAAGCCGGGAGCUUCAGACCCAUGCAGAUGCAAAAGUCCAAGUGCUGGACAAUCAAAACGUGUCGAAUGGAUGUGUGAGUAAAAUUUUGGGCAGGUAUUACGAAACUGGCUCCAUCAGACCCAGGGCAAUCGGAGGUAGUAAACCGAGAGUAGCGACUCCAGAAGUUGUAAGCAAAAUAGCACAGUAUAAACGAGAGUGCCCCUCCAUCUUUGCGUGGGAGAUUCGAGACAGAUUACUAUCAGAGGGGGUCUGUACCAACGAUAAUAUACCCAGUGUAAGUUCAUGAAAAAAACCUUCUAUCUGCUGUGUACAAUGCCUGGGUAGCUGUAGCGAGCCUCUGUUCCCUUUGUUUUGAUAUCAGAUGAGAGGAUAGCAGGUUCACAUCAUUUGCAUGUGGCAGGGUCAGACACCUUUUUUCAUGCAGAACCUGAGAAAUGCCUUUAAGGAGGAAAAAAAAAAAAAAAUCCCGGGUCAUCCCUUGUGCCUGACGCCUCAGGAUUUCGAGCAUCGGUUAAAAUCAUCAGUCUGUUUUCGCAGGGUUGUGGUUUUUGGUUUGGGGUGUUGUUUUUUCUUCUUCUUCUU